UCAAGUUUUCAAGUCUUUAUGGCUAUGGCCAAGUUUCUAGCCCCCGUGAUCCAGGAUAACCCCUCAGGAUGGGGUCCCUGUGCAGUUCCCGAUAAGUUCAAAGACAUGCCCUACCAGCCAUUCAGCAAAGGAGAUCGUCUGGGCAAGGUUGCUGACUGGACCGGUGCUACCUACCAGGACAAGAGAUACACAAAUAAGUACUCGUCUCAGUUUGGAGGGGGCAGCCAGUAUGCCUACUUCCAUGAGGAGGAUGAGACCAGCUUCCAGCUGGUGGACACGGCCAAGACUCAGAAGACGGCCUACCAGAGGAACCGCCUUAGGUUUGCUCAGAGGAAUCUGCGCAGAGAUAAGGACCGCAGGAACGUCGCUCAGUUCAACAUGCAGACCCUGCCCAAGAGUGCUAAGCAAAAGGAGAGGGACCGCAUGCGUCUGCAGAAGAAGUUCCAGAAGCAGUUUGGCGUGCGCCAGAAGUGGGACCAGAAGUCACAGGCCCAGCUGAAGCCAAGGGACUCGUCAGUAGAGGUGCGUAGCGACUGGGAGGUCAAGGAGGAGAUGGACUUCCCCCGUUUGAUGAAAAUGAGAUACAUGGAGGUGGCUGACCCCCUAGACAUCGAGUGCUGUGGAGCUCUGGAAUACUACGACAAGGCCUUUGACCGCAUCACCACGCGUAAUGAGAAACAGCUGAAGAGCAUCAAGAGGAUCUUCCACACGGUCACCACCACUGACGACCCGGUCAUCCGCAAGCUGGCCAAGACCCAGGGCAAUGUGUUUGCCACCGAUGCCAUCCUGGCCACCCUGAUGUGUUGCACGCGCUCAGUCAACUCUUGGGACAUCAUCGUGCAGCGAGUGGGGAACAAGUUGUUCUUCGACAAGAGAGACAACUCUGACUUUGAUCUGCUGACCGUGAGUGAGACGGCCAACGAGCCACCGCAGGAUGAGGGCAACUCCUUCAACUCGCCACGCAACCUGGCCAUGGAGGCCACCUACAUCAACCAUAACUUCAGCCAGCAGUGCCUCAAGAUGGGAGGAGAGAGGCACAAGUUCCCCAAUCCCAACCCCUUCGUGGAGGAGGACAUGGACAAGAAUGAAGUGGCCUCUGUGGCCUACAGAACGACAUCCCAUCAUCCUCCUCCUCUGGUCUCCAGGUACGUGUCCCGCUACCACGUGAAGGACUCGGCGCGCCACGUCAUCCUGGGCACUCAGCAGUUCAAGCCCAACGAGUUUGCCAGCCAGAUCAACCUGAGCAUGGAGAACGCCUGGGGCAUCCUCCGCUGCGUCAUUGACAUCUGCCGCAAGCUGGACGAGGGCAAGUACCUCAUCCUCAAGGACCCCAACAAGCAAGUUAUCCGCAUCUACAGCCUGCCAGACGGCACCUUCAGCUCCGACGAAGAUGAGGAUGAGGAGGAAGAUGAAGAGGACGAGGAGGACGAAGAUGAGGAGAACUGAAGAACGGGAGAUGGAAGCCAAACCCAAGACCAAACGGGUCGGUGCUGUCCAGGCCCUAACCCGCAUCUCAUUGGAGUGGCUUGAGCACAUGUGUCAUCAAGUGUUGAGACCCAUUAAAGAUGGAGUGAUGUUGCAAAGCCCA